AUGGUCAUAAGUUCCAAACUUCACUAUGCAUACUAAUGUAUAAAAAAAAGUAAAUUUUUUUUCGAUCACGGCGAACUUGUGUUGGCGUGUAUAAAUUUUUAUUUAUUACCAUUUAAAUAAUAUUUAUAUUUAUGAACCUAUAAACUGUUAACAAUAUCAAAAAGGACAAUGACAAUUUAUAUGAGGAAAUAGUAGAGUCUAGAGUAAUUGGUAAUAACAAACGACGCAAUGUCUGACGACAGUUCAACGUUGUCAAAUGAUUUGGAGAGUAGAGAUAAUCGAGGACGUGCUCUACGAACUGAAACUGCCAAUACAGCUGCUGGGUCACGUUCUAAUAGAUACCGUCUUCCUAGACUAGAAACAUUGAGAAGGCUCAGCAAUAGCUUUAGAUCCGAUCCAUUGAGUAGUGAAUCUACAAAUGCAAUGUUUGAAGAACCUUCAGAUACACAUGCAGCAUCGAUGUCUUCGGAAGACGAGCCGACCUUCAAUUUAACAUCGAACGUAACAGACCGCGAGUCUUCGGGCGAUGUUACUGACGGCGCUUCAUCACCUAAUCAAACAUCUGCUAGUGCGCCUACAUUAAGUUCUGACGAAGACAAAAGGUAUUGCUGGGUAUGUUUCGCAACAGACGAGGAUGACGCAACAGCUUUGUGGGUAAAGCCGUGUCAUUGUCGAGGUACUACUAAGUGGGUACAUCAAGGAUGUAUACAGAGAUGGGUUGAUGAAAAACAAAAAGGUAGAGCUGGAGCUUACGUUGCUUGUCCACAAUGUAAUACAGAAUAUAUUAUCGUCUAUCCUAAUAUGGGUCCUUUAGUUGUUGUGCUUGAUACAAUUGAUGGUGUAAUUUUCCGAGUCUGUCCAUUUAUUGCUGCUGGUAUAGUAGUCGGUUCUAUUUAUUGGACUGCUGUUACAUAUGGAGCUGUUACAGUAAUGCAGGUGGUGGGUUGUAAGGAUGGCCUAACUAUGAUGGAACAGACUGAUCCUUUAGUAAUGUUAGUUGGACUACCUACGAUUCCGAUUAUGCUUGUGCUUGGUAAAAUGUUGAGAUGGGAAGAUCAAGCAUUGAGCUUACUUAGACGACAUGCUUGCAAGGUUCCUGUUCUUAGACAUUUUUUACCCCGAAGUUACUCAGAUGAUGAAAGAACUCAAUCCCAAGAUGUACCGGCAAUGAGUGAUCCUGUUUGUGCAACAAGAAUUCUCUGUGGAGCACUUUUACUUCCAACAAUUGCUAGUAUUUGUGGUAACAUAUUUUUCGAAAGUAUAAAUUCAAAUUUUCAACGGACUAUACUCGGUGGAAUAGCAUUUAUUACGAUAAAAGGAGCAUUUAAAAUAUAUCACAAGCAGCAACAAUAUGUAAGACAGUGUCAAAGACGUAUAAUGGAUUAUACGGAAAGCAACGUUACUAUGUACAGACGACAACAGAAUACUGAAAAUGGGCAGACGUAAAUAAACUAUCUUAAAUAUAUAUAUUAAAUAAUAAUUAUAAUAAAUAAAUAAAUAAAAAUUCCUGUUAAACGGAAUUAUAUAUGUAUUUAAUUAUCAAUCAAUCAUACAAUCUCCGAUGUAAGAUUUGCUGUAUUGGUUUUAAUUUAAAAGUAUAAAAUAAAGCUAGACGUGACGAAGA